AUGGAACAAACAAGACAACAUCAACAAACUGGUACUUUAAAGUCUGUUACAGAAUAUCUUCCACCUAAGGAAAGAGUCUUAAGAUCGGAACAAAUUGGUUUAAGCAGUCAUAAAAACCUCUACAAUAAUGGAACAUUAAUUGAAAAUUGGAUUGAAGAAAGAAAUGCUUCCGACUAUCAAGAUAAAUUGAGAAAUGAUACUGGUUAUGAAAAUCUCUUAAAAACUCCAGCCACACUUAAUCAAAUAAUGUACCAACACCCAACAAAUCUCAAGAAGGAUGCCUACAGAGUAGAAGAACCAAUUCUUCCUAAAGAGACUGAGAAGGAAAUACUCUUUGUUCAUGGUGAUGAUAGAUAUGAACAAAGUCACGUUUCCAUGACAAAUCUCACCUAUGCACCUCCACAACAAGCAUUAAAAACUGAUUCAGCAAUUCAGGCCAUUAGAACAAUCAAACCAGGACUCCAAGAAAAUCAUGCUCCAUCUCGUCUCGUGGAACAAAAGAAACAACAGUGGAUGAUUGAGAAGGAAAAUGAAAAGAAUUUAAUGAGCACUUUCAAGACAACCUAUGCUGCUGAGAUUGCAGAAAAGCAAAAACUUUCGGAAACUUCUACCACCAGUACACACAUUCCUUCAGAAAUGUUCACAACAUCUAAGGCUAUCAUUCCAGAUAAGCAAUCAGCAGUUCGUACAAUGACACAAUCAGGAGGUUGGUCAGACGCUCUCAAAGCUGCAAGCCCAGUUCCACAAGAAACUCAACCAAAGAACAACAAAAUGUGGGGUGAUUUUACCCAUUCUCUAACCCAAGAUCAUUUAAAGUCUGGAUUAAGGCAACCAGUUGAGUAUAAGAAUACACCUUUAGCAACUCUUGGGAAGAGAAGAUAA